CAUGCUUUGAGGAAGGUGGCAUGAUGGCGCAGGUUCCUGUCGCAAAUCUGACACUUUUCAAUGAGCGAGACCGCAGAGUGGCCGAAGACGUGCUCAGUAUUUGGCCAAAGCAAGAGAUCAUCCUCGGCGCGGAGCAACUUCAACAGUAUGUCGAUGACCACGAUCCAACCAUAUCCCGUCGCCAUCUGGUCCUUCGGUGUGUGCAAUUCGACGAGGAUGCCGCGACCUGGAAUGUUGCGCCUAUGGUCUACGCCGAGGAUCUGUCCAUGAACGGAACUGUGCUCGUUCGUGAUUGCCUCGCCGACGAUGGGUCUGUGGUCCGACUCGAUCAUCAGUUCACCAAGUCAACGGGUCCAGUGCUUCUGCAGGAUGGGGAUUCUUUGUACUUCUCAAAAUCAACUUAUGUGCAAUACAAGGAGGUCAAUCCUGAGAAAGACACCAAGAUGUCAUUCGUCAUGAGCUGCGAAGUCGAGCGUUUUCAGGAAGAGUUCAACAUCUAUCCUCGACUCAUCGGUGCUGGUGGUCAAGGUCAAGUCUUUGUCGCCUGGGAUCAGACAGCUGGCCAGCAGGUAGCAUGUAAAGUUGUCUCCUUGGCUGGUGUAAAUUUGGAACGCGACCAAGAUGCACUUGACGAAGCUUCGAUUCAGGCCACAUCCAGCCAUGGAGCAAAGGUGCGAUCAACAAAGCUUCUUCGCAAGAUACACAGCCUGGAGGUUGAAUAUGAUGUUCUCAAAGAUCUGAGCCAUCCCAACAUCAUCGACAUGAGGAAAGUCUUCAUCGCGACUCAUCACAUUUACAUCAUCCAAGAACUGAUGACCGGCGGCGACCUCUUCUCGUACAUCUUUUACAAAGGUGGUGUCCUCGGCGACUCGCUCAGCGCAGUCAUCACUCGUCAGCUGCUCAAGGCAGUCGAAUACCUUCACAGCAAUGGUGUUGUUCACCGCGACAUCAAGCCCGAGAACAUCCUGAUGUCUUCAUGGGAAAGUGGCACUCGUAUCGUCCUGACAGACUUCGGUAUGGCAAAACGGAUCAGUCAACCCGCAACACUGUCCAGUCGACUUGGCGCAAGACAUCGCAUGUUCUCGAAUUGUGGCACACUUGGCUUUGUCGCCCCUGAGGUCAACAGGCUCAACCCAACUAUGGCGGAAAACAAAGGCUACAGCAGUGCAAUCGACAUGUGGUCGGUUGGUUCUGUCAGUGCCCUCAUAUUGACCGGCAGCCUCGUCUUCGAUCACCGAGGUAGCGUGGAAGACAUUGGGCAAGUCAAUUCAAGAUCUCGUAGCGCUUACGACUUGACUCAAAUUGAUCAAGGUAAGGAGUGCUGGAAGUCUGUGCCGAAAAGAGCCAGAGACUUCGUCACCUCCUUACUCGUGCUGCAAGAGGAUAAGCGUUUGGCGGCCAAAGAGGCGCUUGAGCACUCAUGGUUCACCAACCACAUCUGCGCUGCAAGUUUCGACGCUGUGUACGAGAAGGCCAUCCGCGGUUGGAAGCCGAGAGCCACGCUCAAGGAAGACAUCGUGGUCAACAUCGACACUAGUGAUAUUUCACUACCGACUCCCAGCGCUUCGCAAGUGGUUCGCCAGCAAUCUGACCCUGACAUGAUCCAGUUAGAUUUCUUUCGGAUGCGAGACGAAGUGGAAGGUGACCAGAUGAAUGUUUGUUCAGACGCCGACCUAGUCGCUGAGCAAGUGAUUGGCGACGACGCUUGUCUAGCCGCCAGCCCAGCAGCUCAGACGACAUCACAAAUUCUUGAAGGUCCAAUACUCUUCUCCGAGACUCCUUUGAUAACAAUCAGACGACCAAGGGACCCGCAUCACAUCCUUCCACACUCCGAGGCGCCUCCCCGAUCGUCUGAUCCUGAGCAAGACCUCGACGUCCUGCGACCAUUCCCACCACAGUCGUCAGGCGUGGAUCAAGACCUUGACUCGCUACGACCUUCAGCACAGUUCUUUCCACCGCAAUCCUUAAGCCUCGAUCAAGAGUGCAACUCGCUAAAACCGUGGGUAUCACUCAGAAAGCUACAGCCGUCGCCAGAGCUGUCGUGGCCUUCAUCUCCGCCCAACAAGCACAGGAAGGUUUUACCUUCUUACGAGUUCCCCUGGCCUAGCGAGCAAAGCAGAGUGAGGUGAUAUGUGGGUAUGAGAUUCUAGGGUCUAGGGGUGGCAUCCUCAUCGGAUGUGACGAAAGUGAUGAUGGAACGAUAUUGAUGGCUAUGUUUGCUCUUUUACACACAUGUUGCUAGAUGAAUGAUACUUGCUAUAUUUGCUGC